AUGGAAUAUUCUCCGGCCAAAUGCACACCAGGUUUGCUGCAUUCUGAGUGUCUAAAGGCAUCCAAAAAGCCUUCUAGAGCCUAUUUGUACAAUGGAGAGACUGUUUGGGUGGAAGGGGUAUUUGACGGGGUAAAAGUGUCUCUCUACACUGAGCUAAAGCUGCCUGCACCGCAGAAGGAAAGGACUCUGUCCUCGCAGGAAAUGCCAGCUUAUGAAGCCAGCACCUCUGAUGGCAAGGAACUUGCGCCUGAAAUAGAAGAGGCCACCUCCCUCAACGGGAUACAGCCCGAAAGCCCCACCCCUCUUUCUAUCCCGUAUAUUGAAGAGCAGACCUGCGCUGGCUAUGAAUAUAUUAGUGGGAAUAGACCGUACUAUAUCCCAUGCACAGCUCAGAUCAUUAGAUUUGAUUAUUUGGAGUUUUUAAAGAGCAUAGAAUGUCCAGAACAUUAUUGCAUUUCGAAUGUAAUUAAUAACACUGAGGAAGUCAUUCUCAAAAGUGAGCUUUUUUCUGUUGUCCCUCCAUUUCAGAUAGUUGAAAAAGUACAAGGAAACUAUCUCAUUGUCUCUGUCAUUCCAGAUAAAGCGCUUGCAUACUCACUCUCUGACCAGCCCACCCUUAGCAUAAAUGGGAAUAGAAUGGAGUACAAGGGAAACAGCCUGUAUAAAAUAAAAUUACUACAAAUUGCUGACUGGUCUGGUCCAUUCCACAUAUCGGUGGACUUUGAGCAGAUACACUACACCAGAGAGCUGUCUUUGUCUCUGCCAAAUGAAUUUAUGUACUCAGUGGGACUAAAGAAAAUCGAAAAGAAAACAUUCAUUAAGCUUACUCUGUGCAGAGUGCAGGCAGCAUCAUAUGAAAUUGUUAUUUUGAACCCACUUGUUGGAGAAACAGCCCAAUCGCCGGCUGAAGAGUCCAGCCCUCCGAUAAAGCAAACCUCUCUAGAUAUGGAUAUGUCUAAUGAAUACUGUGCAGAUGUUUCUGUAAUGGAUCUUCUAGUGGGAGCAUCCAAUGCAGAAAUCUUUAUUGAUUCGCCUGAUGCAGUGACCGAAAUAUUGCUAGAGGUUCAGAAAAGAGACUCCUCAAAACAGCAGUAUGUCUUCUCAGCCAAAGUAAAUAACUAUCUCAUUGAGUUCUUCAUGAAAUUAUAA